UGGCAAAGAGCUGUUUGAGAGCAUCAGAACCGGUAUUAUUAAAAAGCAUAACAAUUCCAAGGGUUACAAGGCCAAAGAACUUGAAAUUCCUGUUUCAACAGUUUGCAACAUUAUCAAGACGUUUCACAGUAAUAAAACUGUCAAGAUGCUUUCAUGAUUUGGUGCCAAGAAGAAAGUUAAUGAGAGAAGUCUGCGAAGCCUGUUGGAUCAGCAUGAUGGGUUCUGAUGUGUUUCUUCUGUUGAAACUCCUACUGAUUUCAGAGUUUCACAGUCACUGUUCAUGCCUUUCACAUCAGUACCAUUUUGUAAACAUAAACCUGACCUGGACUGACGCCCAGGCUUACUGCAGACAGAACUACACUGACUUGGCUACCAUUGAUAAUAUGGAUGAAAUGAAAAGACUAACUGAGUCUGUAGGCUCUAAUUAUACUGGGGAGGCUUGGAUAGGACUGAAGAAUGGAACAUCACUGAGAUGGCAGUGGUCCUCAGGAGUAGGAGACACAAGGUACAUCAACUGGGAUAGCGGUCAACCAAAUUCCUGGAAUAAUGAUCAGCACUGUGCCGAUUUCCAAUCCAGUGGUGCAUGGAAUGAUUAUUCCUGUUCAACAACAUGUUAUUUCAUCUGUUAUACUGCUCCCACCUAUGAAGAUGGAAUAAAUGCUACCUGGAAAUUCACCUUGAUUAAAGAAAAUAUGAAUUGGUCUGAUGCUCAGAGCUACUGCAGACAGAGUUACACGGACCUGGCCACUGUGAGGAAUAAAGAAGAUAAUGACUUGAUACAUACAAUGGCUGCAAGUGUCAAUUGGGCAUGGAUUGGCCUGUUCCAGGACACAUGGGGAUGGUCAGACCUGUCAAACUCCUCAUUCCGUAACUGGAAAAAUGGCCAAAAUGAUUAUGUGAAUAACGCAUGUGCUUUAGCUCAGGUCACCUGGCCUGGGACAUGGGAUGUGACUCCAUGUGAUGAAAAGCAUCCAUUCAUAUGCUAUGAUGAUAAUCUGAUCUUGGUAAAUAGUAACAUGACCUGGAACAAAGCCCUGAAUUACUGCAGAAUGCACCAUUCGGACCUGGUGUCUGUCCACAAUGAGGAGAUCCAGUACUGGGUCAGUUGGUUGGCUGAGGAUGCCUCCACUGAUCAUGUCUGGUUGGGGCUGCGCUUCUCCUGCUACCUGAACUUCUGGUUCUGGGUCAGUGCAGAAAAUUUCAGCUACCAGAACUGGGCCCCAAACAACAUAUCCAAGAGUAACUUGUGUGGAACCACAGGGGCAGUACAAUCUAAAGACCCACAUUACUGGGUCAGCCUGCCUGAGACUAAGAUGCUCAACUUCAUCUGCUCCAAAUAUCCAAUUCUUACAGGAAAGAGAACAGUGGUGAGACUGACUGUCAGUACUGAUGGAGACAUAAAGGAUCCUGCAUUCAGCAGCCUUAUGUUAACUCAGCUAAAGGCGAAACUGAUCAGCGCAGGCAUGUCAGAAGGCACCGAAUUAUCCUGGAGGACUCAACCUGAUGGCCAAAUCUUCCAUCUAAAGGACUAAAGAGCAUAAAUGAGAAGGGGUCUGUGAAUUUGGAAGAGAUAAAUCCUCAGUGUGUCUGGAAUCGCAGAGGGAUUUGAGGACCAGAGCAGCCCAAUAUGCAUUGUUGAUGUUUGCUUUCUACUGAAUUCAUGAUAAUACAAGUGAUUUUCUAUCCUUUUGUAUCUGCAUAAGAUAAACCUUCAUAUGUGCUGAUCCAGAAACAGAUAAUUACUAACUGCAUUUCAGGCCUCACAGUGCUCACUGAUUUACUUGGUGUGUUUCAGUUUAAUAGACGAUAAACAUUUAGAGGUGAAAAUAUUUUCUG